AUGGAGCUAUGUAAAAUCCACUUUCACAAAUUUAGAGAUAAUUUAACAAAAAAAGAGCGGAAUGUGCUGACCAGUCUCCGAAACGAGACAAACAUUGUAAUAAAAAAGGCUGACAAAUCUACUACUGUUGUAGUUCAGAACCGCACAAAUUAUGCAGCGGAGGGACUAAGACAAUUAAAUGACGGCAUUCAUUACGCCGCAAUUCACAAAGACAGAACACAUGAAAUACACGAUCUGAUCAACAAGAUUGAAGAUAAGCCAGUUGCGUAUGGUUCACGUGCACUGACGGAAACACAACAACGAUAUUCACAGAUUGAGAAAGAAACUCUGGCAAUUCUCUAUGGAUGUACAAAAUUCCAUGAUUAUGUAUAUGGUCACAGUGUACUGGUUGAAUCAGACCAUAAACCUUUGGAAAGUAUCUUCAAGAAACCUGUUCUAUCUUCACCGCCAAGACUACAAAGAGUCGUGUUGGCACUUGAAAAAUAUGACAUUCAAGUAGUUUACAAACCGGCAAAGAAAAUGUUCUUGGCUGAUCAUUUGAGUCUUUCCUAUCUGAAAGAGACUAAGGAAGCCCUCGUACCAGAUCUACAGGUGAAUGAGAUACAUCUUACUUCAUACUUAUCUGUGUCACAGGAAGUACAGGACAGUUUCCGGAAGGAAAAAGGUCAAGAUGAUGAGUUACAGCAACUCUUGGACACAAUCUUGGAUGGAUGGCCAAACAACAAAGCAGACCUUGCACCGGAAAUUAGAGCCUACUGGAACUUCCGUGAUGAACUUUCAUACAUUGAUGGUAUUCUCUAUAAGUCACACAAACUGAUUGUCCCAAAGUCGAUGCAGAAUGAAAUGCUGGAGAAGCUACAUAUUGGACACCAAGGAAUUGUGAAGACCAAAAACCGAGCGAGAGACAUUCUCUUAUGGAACGGUAUGGGAAAAGACAUAGAGAACCUCGUGAGCGCAUGUGCAACUUGUGCCAAAUAUCAGGCUGCUAAUCCUAAGGAACCAAUGAUUCCAAGCGAACUUCCAUCAAGACCGUGGUCAAAGAUUGGAAUGGAUCUGUUUGAACUUAGUGGAAACCAUUACUUACUGGUAGUUGAUUAUUUAUCAAAGUGGCCGGAACUUGCCAAACUGGAGUCGCUUACCUCUAAGUGCAUGAUCACCCAUUUGAAAAGCAUGAUUUCCAAAUAUGGAAUUCCGGAUAUCAUGAUUAGUGAUAAUGGACCACAGUUCAGUAGUUAUGAAUUCAAGGAGUUUGUGAAAUCGUAUUACAUCACACAUACCACGACCAGUCCGUACCAUGCUCAGAGUAAUGGACAGACCGAGCGAAUGAUUCAGACCAUGAAACGUCUUAUUACCAAAUCUCAAGAUCCAUACUUUGCUCUUUUGGAGUAUCGGAACACCAAGAUUGAUUGUAUUGAUAUGUCACCAGCUCAGCUAUUUCUAGGACGCAGACUGAAGUCUAUCUUACCUACAGCAGUCCCCCUACUAAAAUCUUGGGUGGAUGACAACACGUUGGUCAAGAUGAAAUGUCGACAGGAAAAACAGGAGGAGAACUUUAACCGACAUGCUAAGAAGGAGCCACUUAAACCUCUCAAAGCAGGAGACUCCGUAAUGAUGCAGAGCCAAUCAGGACAAUGGACAAGCGGUUUCGUUAAAGACUUGCACCCUACAAAACGUUCGUAUGUCAUCGACAGCAAUGGACGAUGCUACAGACGUAACCGCAAAUUCCUGAGACCUACUCGUGUCCAAAAUAACUCGGUCUCCAGAGAUGAUGUCCCUGCGUAUACAGAUGUCACAUUGGGUACCAAGACCAAUCAGAGCACCAAUGAUACAUCAGCAGCUUCAGAUGUGCAACCAAAUACCGUUACUGAGACAGCUAGAUCUGACGUCGAACCACCAGCCGAAAACCCUGCGCAUUUUACCCGUAAUGGCCGCUGUGUAAAACUCCCUAUGCGAUACCGAGAAUGA